AUGCCCCUUCUCUCCAAGGUCGUCACCUUUAGGACCCCCACCAACCGCGCCGCUGCCAUUAAGGCGAACAGAGUCAUCCGAUCCAUCAAGAGCAGAUACCGCGCCCAGGCCUUCCUGUUCCUCGCGUACCACUUCUUCCUCACGUCGCCUAUGCACCUCGACAUCUUCAUCAUGUUCUUCAUUCUCGUCAGCAACUUCAUGAACCGGCAACAGGCCUUUCCCAGCCAAUUGGUCAUCGAGGGGCUCCGCUUUCUGGUCGACGAGAGGAGUUGCAAGUCCGAUUGGUUGCCAAGCUCCCCACCUCUGGACCAGUUCAAGAUCGCAUACCAUUGUAGCGUCUUCAACCUUCUUAUGGAUUUCGAUACCCAAAGUCAGAGCCUCUCGCCAGGCGCUGCAACUCACAACCCCAAUCUCAUCCUUCCAGCAACUUGCGACCCACCAUCUGAGCACAAUCCGCCCAAGCGAGCAGUAUGGAUAGUCUUCGGAGCGACCGGUCACAUGGGACGAUCCCUUGUUCGAGCGAUACUAGCGCACGGCGACCAAUGCACCGCGGUGGGAUGGACCGAAGAGAACACACCUGAACAGAUGGAUAAGUGGAAGAACAGAAACUGCUUGGGCUUACUAUGCGACGUGAGAGUACGCGAGACAGUGGAUCAGGUCAUCAGGAAGAGCAUCGAAUACUGGGGCCAGGUGGAUGUCAUAGCGAACAGCACCGGCUACGGCGUCAUAGCAGCAUGCGAGGACCAGGACGAGUACGACCUGCGCAAUCAAUUCACCACAAACUUCCUCGGAACCCUACACAUCUUGCAACUCUCCCUCCCCUACUUUCGCUCACAAAACUCCGGUCGGUACCUCAUAUUCUCAUCCACGGCUGGAGCCCUUGGCGUGCCUGGCCUCGGCCCGUACUGUGCGACCAAGUACGCCGUGGAAGGGCUCAUAGAGUCGAUGUUGUACGAAGUCGAUAUAUUCAACAUCAAAGCCACACUUGUCGAGCCUGGGCAUGUUCGAUUGGACGAGCCAGAUGACAACAUAUUACCACCCAGCUAUACUUCGAUGCCCGUUCCAGGAACAGGUCCGCCGAAGCCGAAACGUUACGGUCAUUUCUUCGUGAAACCGAACCCCAGCGAGCCCUACUCGGGACUGACAAGCCCCGCGCAACACGCGCGACGGAUGGUACAGUGGCUGAACGACAGACAACCGGUGAGCGCAGUGAAGAGCGCAGAGUUGGUGUGGCAACUGGGUCAUUGCAGCUAUCCUCCGUUGCGGUUGAUUUUGGGUAGCUACGCGGUGGAAAGUAUUCGCGACAGACUGAAGAGCAUCACUGAAGAGAUCGAGGACUGGAAACAUCUCUCGUUCCCUGUUUCUAUGCCUCCGGAAGACGAGGACGGAAAGGAUAAUCUCAAAGAGGAGCAGGAGCAAGACGACGAACAUAUGCAGGACUGA